CCGUCUCCGCUCGGUGCUCUACACAGUAUGGCCGGCGAUAUUAGCUAGCACUCGCUAACGGUAUUCUCUGCUAAAGGGAAGACGGUAACUCAAGAAAAUCAACACCAGGAUUGCUUAAAGGACUGUACCUCAAUAAAUUAUACCUGAUCGAAGAAGGAUUAAUCGAGUUGUACGCGCUACAACAGGAGCUUAGUGUUUUUUGUUGGGUGUGUUGUCUCAUGAUGGAGGAUAACGGUGCACAUUUCUUCGAGGGGACAGAGAAGCUGCUGGAGGUGUGGUUCUCCCGGCAGGACGAGACCAAAGGGACCGGGGACCUCCGGACCAUCCCCAGGUUUGAGUGGGACAAACUUUUGGAGAAUGUGCAUUGUUUGAUCAUAAGUGUGACAAAGUCUGACAGGCAGGAAGCUUAUAUACUCAGUGAGAGUAGCAUGUUUGUCUCCAAGAGACGUUUCAUUUUGAAGACAUGCGGAACCACCCUCUUACUGCAAGCACUGGUGCCUCUGCUGGAACUUGCCAGGGAGUACUGCGGUUUUGAUGCCAUCGAGAAUUUCUUCUACUCCCGCAAGAAUUUUAUGAAGCCAACCCAUCAAGAGUUCCCUCAUCGAAACUUCCAGGAGGAAGUGGACUUUCUCAGCCAGAUUUUCCCAAAUGGUGCAGCCUACUGUAUGGGACGUUUGAACUCUGACUGCUGGUACCUGUUUACUCUGGACCUACCUGAGUACUGGGAGAACAAGCAUGCAGAUCAGACGCUGGAAGUUCUGAUGAGUGACCUCGAUCCAGCCAUUAUGGACCAGUUCUAUAUGAAAGAUGGUGUUUCUGCAAGUGAUGUCACUCGUAUGAGUGGAAUACGUGACCUGAUACCAGGUUCUGUGAUCGAUGCCACAAUGUUCAACCCGUGUGGAUACUCAAUGAAUGGAAUGAAGACUGACGGAACCUACUGGACCAUCCACAUCACCCCGGAGCCCGAGUUCUCCUACGUCAGCUUCGAAACCAACCUUUCCCAGACGUCUUACGAUGAUCUGAUCAGUAAGGUGGUGGAGGUGUUCAAGCCAGGAAAAUUUGUGACUACGCUUUUUGUAAAUCAGAGCUCCAAAUGUCGCAGCGUCUUCUCUCCUCCCCAGAAGCUGGAGGGCUACAAGCGCCUCGACCGCCAGUUGGCUCAAUUCAACGACUACAACUUUGUCUUUACAAGCUACGCUAAGAGUCGCCAGCAGAACCAGGAGAGUUGAGGGUUGAGGAUGAAGAAGAGGCGUAAAAAGAAAGGCAGCGGCUCGGGGCUCCGCCCACCAGUAGAGAGCUCCUCCUCCUCCCCCCUCCUCAUCCUCCGCCCCCCCUCCUGCUGCCCCCGCGGUGCGGCCGCGGCGGCGAGCCCUACUUUAACCUCCAGUUUGAGUUGUUUGCAUUGUUGUACCUGUGACUUAGAUCUCUUGCAUGAAAGCUCUUUUCUCUGUUUCGAUAUUCUAGCUCACUCUUGCUGUGAUCUUGAAGUGCAUGUAGAGGAAUUAAACCGGCUCAGUUUGAGGCGCUCCACCUGUAACCAUGGCAACGGGCCCUUCCUGCAGGUCUCCCCCCUCAUCCCCCACAGACAAGGCUUCCGCCCACACUAGGCCAGAGCCCUGACAUGCUCACACCAGUCUGCCUCUUCACUGGGACUCCACCAGUCCACUUCAAAUUAAACACCUACCCAGUUAGCUGUCCAAUUAGGAAAUUGGUAUUUCUGAAUCACUACCAAUGUUUGAGUGCACUUUAAUACUGUUUACUCACGGUACGAAGAGAAGGCCAACCUCGUCUAAAGUCUGAUUGAAUGUAUAAGUCCCGGUAAGCUUUUGGCCGUUCUAGUCGUCGUCUCAUUGUCAGGACAUAUUUGAUUUCCUUUGAACAUGAAUGCCAUACUUGCUGUUUAAUGUUGCACUAUUGGAUCAAAGGUCUGCAGCUGAUUGGUUGGUCAGGGUGACCUGCACUAAAAACAAAAGACUUCCUGCUUUGCUGGGCCAUGAAGCUGAUCCCACCAGCAUUCCUCCACUCCUGCUCCUCCACUCGGACAAUCAUGUGGUUGUGUGUUUCCCUAAAGAGAGACGGGCUUUUAAAGUUUACGCCUGGAAAAUGGAUCUGUAUGAAUCAUUUAAGACAUCGAACAUACGCACUUUCUUUCCGCCAGGCUUUUUUUUUUUUUUUUUGUGUACAGCAUGCUGUAUGUAUAGAAGCCUCUGGGUCUAGUUAGUAGAAUCAGCACUCGAGUUCUCACAUUCACACGAAGAGGUUCAAAGGAAACCUGAAUGUAGCACGGCCGUCUCAAUGCUCACCUCUAGAGAAAAGCCUGGACCGCUUAGAGCUGAAUGUACCACACACACACACACACACACAACCACACACACAGACACACAAUGCCCUCUGCCGCCCAGCCAUUGUGCAGCUAUUGUCCGGCGGCGGCAGGUCUCCACCAGAGUCAGACCGUCAGCUGGCCCCAGAACCGUGACGGCCCGUCGGCCCUCCUGGCCGCGCCGCUCUGAAUGGGAAAUAAUGAAUCAGACACUUUUUGCUUAGUUGCCCAGCAAAGCAUUUUUCUUUUUCCCACAUAAUAUCCAUCCUCUCUCUGUCUCUUUCCGCCCCAUACAGAAAUCUGUCGGCUCACAAUAGAGGCGAACCGGUCUGAGCAUGCCAGGGUGAUCCCGGAUCAUUCCACAUGUCACCGCUGCAUAAACUGCCAUUUAUUAAAUUUAUUGUGCCCAGACAUUUUUUGCAGUGAAUUGGUCUAAAAUGUGACUCCCCUAGCAGUUUUUUUCUUUUUGUUUGGCUCCCUUUGUUCAUGGAGGGGAGAAUCCUGUGACACUAUGGUGCAUGUGGCUGCUAGUGGCGUGUUGUAGCGUAGCGUCUCUUCCUCCUCGUCAUCGCUCCGUCAGCUUCACCUUCCUCUUCCUCACAGCUCAGCAUGGCCCCAUGUGUUCCAGCUGGGCGGGGCUCUUCCCUCAGGGCUCCAGUUAACUUGUAUUCAUCUGAUUUCAAGUUGAGGAGAAAGUGCUGAAAGCAGGUUCGGGUUCUUGAUUCCUUUUUGAGAACAGUUGUUUCAGUUCUGUGGUGUUCACGACGCUUCUCCUGCCAGAGAUGCAGUUUGAAUGUCAAACAGGAAGUUAACCUGCUUUCAGCAUCAGGAGCAGUUUCAGCCUGUUCUCUGGAUCAUGUGCAAUGAUUGCAUCAGCAGCUAUAGCAUCGUUAGCAUCGUUAGCAUGUGAGCCGGUCGGACCGGUAGAGCAGGAGGAGCAGUAAGAAGAAGCAGUGAAGUUGACUCUUGGAAUAGUUUCCCUCUAGUUCGUCUGUCAGGCUUUUUGGAGUGGUUUCAUUCAGGACCAGUCUCUGCUCUUCAUCUUCAUCACUCUCUGCUCUUCAUCUUCAUCACUCUCUGCUCUUCAUCACUCUCUGCUCUUCAUCACUGUUCCAGCUCCUUUAUAAAGUUUUAAACGGUUCAAACAUACUAAAGUAGUUUAAUGCUAACUGUUCUUGGAUUCAGUACAUUUUAGCCUCGUUGGUGUGGAUCAUUAUGCUAUUUUAUUUUUUUUAUACAGUGAACUCAAAAUGCAUUUUUGCAGUUGAAUGGAAGUAGAAUUUUAUACAAAAGUAUUUUGUAUUUUUGCUGCGGACCAAUCUUCUUUUCUCUUCCCCUUCUUGUCCAGAUGUUUGUUUUUUGUUGUGAAACCAGUUUGUUCUGAAGUUACUGGAUGACCUUUUCAAAGAUGAUGAUGAUGAUGAAAUAAUGUUUUUAGUUUCCGCUCUCCCUUCCUGUGAGUUUCUCCAGAGGAAGGGACAGUGGAGCGUCCCGGGUCUGAGAGGGAAAAGCUGCAGGAGGUUCUGAAGGAGAAACUUUGCUGUUCUAAUUCUUUCUUUUGCUGUUCUUUGGAUGGUCAAGAUGUGCUAAAUAUAUCUGUGCUACGAGCUUGAUGCUUCAAUAAAAAGAUACUUAUCUGUUCAA